AUGGCGUCUACCCUGUCUAGCCUUGUUGUGCUGGCUAUAAUUAUCGUGUGUAUUCCAUGUACACAUGCUGGGUACGAAGACUGUGAAGCGUAUUCAGACAUGUCCGGACAGUAUCACAGCAAAGUAAAGUGCUACACUGGCUUCUGCUGUGGCACCUGCUUUAACAGAUACUGCUGUUCGGACUCUUUCUGGAGGCUGACGGAGAAGAAACAAGAAGAUUGUGAUGUCCAUGACUUCCAGCCUCUCGCUCCCAUGGUGGUCGGCAUCGUAGUCUUUAUCAUCAUCGCUCUGAUCUUCAUCCUCUGCUGUGUCUGCCCCUGCUGCUGUCUGUACAAGAGCUGCCGGAGACCACGACCUGUUGUUGCCACCACAGUCGUCACGUCCACACACCACUCGUACCCUCAGCAGCCUCAGGCCUCACAGCCGUACCAGGGCCAGUACACGCCCUACCAGCCUGUGCCCGUGCAGCCGGGGUACGGGGCCCAGCCGGGGCCUGGGUAUGUGGCCCAGCCGGGGCCUGGGUAUGUGGCCCAGCCGGGGCCUGGGUAUGUGGCCCAGCCGGGGGCCUACCAGGCAGCGCCCUUCGUGCCAGGACCUCCUCCAACAUAUCAGGAAGCAACUGGUCCUUACCCUGUCGCCCCGAUGCCUUACAGCCAAGCAGCCUUCUCUCCGGGUCAGCCCUCGUACCCUCUUCAGCCCCCUGGUCCCUCCCCAGCUCAUCCCCCGGCUCAUCCUCAGCCCCCCCUUCAGCCCAACGCUCCUCAGAUGGACUUCUUGUCGCAGCCGGCGUUCAACCCCGACUACGUUUCCAACAAGAUGACAAGCUCCAACAGAGGCGCUGAGGAGCAGUUGGACCAAACAGAGAAACUGACCAAAAGAAAUGUGCAGAUGAGCCUCACUACGGAACUCAGCCCCUCUGAAUACGAGGACAAGAUAAGACCAGAGCCAUGUCUGCUGAGAGCCGCCGGAACUAGGACAAGCUCCAACAGAGGCGCUGAGGAGCAGUUGGACCAAACAGAGAAACUGACCAAAAGAAAUGUGCAGAUGAGCCUCACUACGGAACUCAGCCCCUCUGAAUACGAGGACAAGUUAACGUGGUCCCGAGAACAAAGACCAAAGCAGGUGAGGGAUGCAGACACCAUGACAGAGUUCAUCUGGGUGACCGGGGGGCUGUGUGUCUCCAUCUUCCAGAUCGUUCUGUAUGUAUCUCUGUGCUGCUGGUGUCGCAAACGCUGUCGCAAGAGACGGCGUCCUCAAGAUGUGGUGAAUGUCAUUUACGUCCCGGCUCCAGCAGCGCCUCCGGCUGAAUAUCAGCUACCAAACUACUAUCCAGCAGCGAUAUUGCCUCCAAACGGCUUCCUGUCCGUCCCCUCUGCACCUCCGCCUUCGUACCAGGAAGCAACUUCCUCUGGACUUGGUCAGGAACUUCCACAAGGAGCGCCAUCCUACCUCAGUCCUCCCCCGGACCAGAGCUCCCUGCAGCCCUAUAACCCGGACUACUGUCUUCCCAGAUAUGACUUCAAAUAA